GUACACCGAGAUGGCCAGCAGCUUGCGACAGAAGAACGAGCUGGACCGAGCCAUUCGCACCAUGGAACGUGCCGUCGGGAUGUGCACCAAAGCGGAGUACCACCACCCCGCCAUGGCUGUCGAGACGGCUCGGGCACGCAUUAACCUGGCUGCCACGCUGUCCGAGGCGAAGAGGCAUCGAGCCGCCUUGAUGGCCAUCAAAAAGGCCCAGGGCACCCUGCAGCGCGUCCUCACUUGGGCCGACGACUGCGAAGGCCGUGAGGAUCCGGCGGUGCGCAGCAUCGGCGAGGAGGCGCGCACGCUGCGCUGCGCGGCGCUGGUGGCGGAAUCCAUUCAGAUGGAGCUCUGCCCAGGCCCCACUGUGGACGUCGUCUCGGGUGGCUACGAUGCCCAACUGGCGCCGUUGUCGCCCAGUCAGAGCCAGGUCCUGCCGCAGAUCAAGCGCGAGAAGAAGCCACCCGCGGGCGCGGCGGCGGUUCCCACGGGCGCGGGCACCGGGGCGGAGCAGGGAAGAGCCAGAAGGGCAGGACCCGCUGAGUCGCAACGCCCUGCACCGGUGAAGGUGAACCUCCGACCGCGGGUCGUGGAGGAGCGCACGGACGUCUUCUCGGAGUUCCUCCGCAACGUGGAGGCCGAGCGCGUGGCGCGGCUCGGCGCCCUGAACGACAACUGGGAAGAUCAGGCCAAACGUCGCUUGGGUCAAGUGCAUCGCCGCACUCAGCUGGCCUUAGACCUCAUGGGUGACGAGGAACUCAAAGAGAAGAGAUAUACCAACACGGGGCACCAAGUCUUUAUGAAGGCCAUGAAGAAGGCCAACAAGUGCUGGAGCGAUCCCAUCUUAGUCCAUGAAGCCGCCAAAGAGAAGGCCACGCCGGAGAUCUGCCAGAUUCGCAAGCUGAACCGGCGGCUCUACGUGAAGCCCCCCACGCCGCCGCCCGUGCAGCCGCCGAAGCCCAAGGUGGAUCAGGCCUUAGCGAGCAAUCUGAGGAGCAACCACGCAAGGUCGAGCAUAAAGGCAGAACAUUGACACCUGAGAUGCAGCGGUGCCAAUAUGGCCAGCACGCAUUGUGGGUAAAAAAUGAUGCCAACACAACUGAGUUUUUGAGUCACGG